AAUUAAGAUUUGCGCGUUAUUUUAAAAUAAAAAUUAAAAAAUUAAAAAUUAAAAUAAAAAACAUCAUGUAUCAUAUCAUCAUCCGUGAGUUGUGACUAUGUUUCAUUGCUAUCUAAAACGCGCCUAAUAUGAUAUGAUAUCCCCACUUUCCCUGUCUCUCUCUUUUCUUUUCCUCAUUUCCUCUCUCUUCUUUUGUACUCUCUCUCUUCUGUCUUGUGACAUACCCGUGGAUCCAUCCCUUCCUACCAUUCCUCUCCCUUCCUUCCUUCCUUCAAUCUCUUUGUAUUUAUACCUUCACACUCCACACCCCAUCUUUUCUCUCUCCUUCCUCUUCCAUGGCUUUCUCCUCUUCUUAACUCCUUGUUCAGUCACCCCCUUUUCUUAGAUCUAUUCUCAAUUCCUCCCAUUUUCUCUCUCCUAGGGUUUCCAUCCAAUUUCUGUUCUUUCCCUCUUCAAUAAUGACUUCGUUUCGGCCAGAUCUGACGGCCACCGCCAGAAUCUAUCCUGAACCAUUGGUUGAGGAUCGUAUCGAUGUUGUGGUUGAUGAUGAUGAGGUUUGUGAUGAUGGGGUUGAUCAUUUUGAUAGAUUACCGGAUUCUCUGCUAUUGUUGGUUUUCAACAAGAUCGGAGAUGUUAAGGCUUUGGGUCGGUGCUGUGUUGUUUCUAGAAGGUUCCAGACGUUGGUACCCCAGGUUGAAAACGUCGUCGUUCGAGUUGAUUGCGUGAUCUCCGAUGAUGAUUCCUCCGUUGCUUCUUCUGCUGCAGAUAAGUCUCGUUCUCCUUUUGCUAAUCUUGUGCGUCUCAUUUUUGGUAAUAUUUUUAAGCCCAUUCAAGCUUUGGGCCAGUUGUUGGGUCCUAAACGAUCUUGGCCUGUCGGUGUGUUGGGUACUGGCCCAUCAUCUUCGUCGGCCUCGGCUUCGGGUUCGGCCUCGUCCUCCUUAUUGGUGGGUAAUGGGGUUGAUGAUGAGGAAGGGGAACAGGGUGGUGUUACUCACCAUUCUCCAACUCAGGUUUUGAAAAACUUUCUGGAGAUUCGUUAUCUAAGGAUCGAGUUGCCUAGUGGUGAAUUGGGUAUUGAUGAUGGGGUUUUGCUCAAAUGGAGGGCGGAUUUUGGGUCUACUUUAGAUAAUUGUGUCAUUCUUGGUGCUUCGUCGGUUGUUAAUAGCGCGAAAACUAUUCAAUUGAAUGAAAAUGGGGUAAUUAGUGAGCAAAUUAGCCCGAGUAAUGUGGUUAAUGAUGAUAAUGGUAGUAUACCUGAGUCGUUUUACACUAAUGGGGGUCUGAAAUUGAGGGUGGUGUGGACGAUUAGUUCGUUGAUUGCAGCAUCAGCUAGACACUAUUUAUUGCAACCAAUAAUUGCCGAGCAUCAAACUUUGGAUAGUCUUGUUUUAACGGAUGCUGAUGGUCAGGGUGUGCUGUGUAUGAAUAGGGAUCAGUUGGAAGAGUUGAGGGUGAAGCCUUUGUCGGCUUCAUCUGCAUCGAAGAGGACUCUUGUGCCUGCAUUGAAUAUGAGGCUGUGGUAUGCACCCCAUUUGGAGUUGCCUAAUGGAGUAGUAUUGAAAGGGGCAACAUUAGUUGCUAUUCGACCCAGUGAGCAGUCAGGAGUGAGUGCCAAGAAGGAAAUUUCGGACUCAUCUUGGGUUUCCACUGCGUUUGAAGAGCCCUAUGGUACAGCGGCAAAGAUGCUAGUGAAAAGACGGACCUAUUGUCUUGAGAUGAACUCAUUCUAAGUAACACUGAGUGCAGGGAGGCGUGUUGUGUCAAGGGAAAUGGGAGCUUGAGACUGUUUCUGAAGACAGGAAAUACAAUUUUGUUUUCACACUACUCAACAAGGGUGCGGCGGUGCUCUUCGUAAUCAACAAUGCUAAACUAUAUGGUGGAGGCACCAAUAAUCCGUCCCGUGUAUAAAUGGAGCUCAUAUGGCACCCUACUGGUACAACACGAGUAGUAACACAUCUGCAUCAAGUUCACUUGAAGCCAUAUGCUUUGUAAGAAAUGCAGACAUGCAUCUAGAUUGAAGUUGGAGCUUUUGAGUUUGUGGAUUCUUAAUAAUUUACCUAUCAUUGUGAAUAUUUUAGGCAUGGAAUAUGUUUAUCCUUUCAUUUGAUGUAAGUUUUAAUGUCAUCAAGCAGUGUACUUUUGCACUCUGAUGUACUUUCUAGUCUUAUUAAUCCAACUUUGAAAGAGGACACAACAUGAUUAUACAGUCUGUCAUGUGAAAAAUUCUUAAUUGUUAACCACGACAUAGUAUUAAAUUGUGCAAAUUAGUUCAA